GUGGAGGGUGCGACAGCCGGCAGGGCAAGGGUAGUCACCCCCCAGUGAAAGUCGGCCCGUCGGCGUCAGUACAGCCUGGCACGUCGAUCGGCUCGUACACCUCGUUCCUCGCUCCUCUAUUUACACCGAUCGUUUAACCUAAAAGCUGAGGAAUCGUGAUUUGCUAUCACUAUAAUAGCUUCAAAUAUUAAUUUAAUACAUACGUUCAGUGAAACAUCAAAAUUCUAAUUCUGUACAGUGAGUGAAAAGUUACUGAAGUUUCAAGUGUAGCGGUUUCGCGCUAGAUUGUUUUGGCAAUAGCUGAAAACAAAUUGGGCACUAGGAUUUAUUACUCCUUGAGAUAGUUAAAUAAGUAACUAGAUCGCUGCAGUAAUAGCGGGUGAAACUAGCGGCGAUGCACGAAAGCAGCUAAAAAUAGUCGGGGUUUGCGCGCUCGUGUCUGCCCGCAGCCGGCCCGCGUUUCUCCCUACACUAUUUCUGUCUUAUAGAAAAGCAAUAAGAUAUUCUACAUGCUAAAGAAUACCAGUGGACGGUUCCCUUGUAGAUAAUGAGAAAAGUGCGCAAAAAGAAGCCGGUAGUCGCGAGGCGACAGUGACUGAUGGUGUUAUUAUAGUGUUAACGAAAUAAUUAUUGUGCCUCAACUGCAACGCAUUCGUUAUAAGCAUGGCGCUUGUAAUGUUACCUUGUGAUCUUCCCUGGUGGACGUCGGUACAACGGCACUUGAAGCAUCUGCUGCUGGCGUCUUCGCCAGCAAAACUUACAGCCAGCAUGCUGAAAAUACAUGACAUGUGCAACAUUGGCAUAGACCCGGAUGACGAUAUCAAGGAUCCGGAGCUGAUGAAAGGGCUGGAGGUGUUCCUCGAAGAGGAGAUGACGGAGGAGGAGAGGAGGCACUUCCUCGAUAAUACUAUUAGGAUCAUGGUGAACAAGGCGCUGCACCUCAAGCGCUGGCGACCGCCUAAAGGACUGAUGUUCAGCUUACAGCAACAAAGUGAUGUAACGGAACUGGAGUACAACUUCGUAUCGUCUCUGGUGGCGCACGCCUUCUUCUCCACGAACCCCAAGCGGACGCUCAAGACACACCCCACCUUGCAAGACUUCAACUUUACACAUUUUUUUAAGAAUUUACACAGAAAAUCGCAAAGGAACAAAUUAAAAAGCUUACUCCACUACUUUGAAUGGUUAGAUAAGAGUAGCAACGAGGGAUCCAUUAAGUUAAGCAGACAGGUGAUGACGUCAAAACAGUGGUUAACGAUAGAGGACUGGUUGGAAUGCACACUGCCGCUGUGCAAGUUGAUGGUGCGACACGAGGGUCGUCCCGAGCGGUGCGAGAAUGACGAGGCCAUCAGGGUGUGCUUCGCGUCCAGUAGGGUCGGCGGCGAUACACUCAUCGAUGGAGAGUCACAGGAAUCCCUAUCGAUGUUUAUGAUGCCGGAGCUGCUGCCGGCGAUGUUAUCAGUCGAGGCGUUGGAAGACAACGAGGUGCUCAAGGUGGAAGGCGUCAGACUAUUCAGCAGGAUCUGUGACAAGAGACAGAAGACCAAAAUAGAACUGCUUGAUGAACCGAAGACGGUGACCGUCUGUCUAAUGGACGCGGAAGACUACAGCAAGCUGCCACUGGGGCAGUGGGAGGAAGACAACGUGUUGCGAGAACUGAACAAGUGCCUGCUCGCCUUCCAACAGACUCCAAUGAAGACCAGAGAGGGCAACCGACAUGAACGAAGACUCUCGCCUAUUGGAGAGUCGUUCAGCCACACGCCGCCUGAGGUGGAGGCGACGGUGGUGAUAAAGCAAGCUUCCUCGUGCAGCACGCUGAACAGCUACAACAGUCGCAGUCCUUCGCCGCAGAACUACUGUGCUGCCACGCUCAAUCUUAACGACCCUAGUGCAGAAUUCACAAAGAAGAAAUGUUGGCUAUCUCCGGACGGAGGCAUGUUGAACAACCGGCGCGGUCGGUUCAUCGUGCUGGGCUCGUCGGGCGAGUGCCUGCCGGUGACGCGGUCCACCGGCGCCCAGCAGGACGGGCAGGAAGACAGCCUCUACUCCAGCUGCAACUCCAGCGACGACGAGUACCACAGCGCUAAUGACAGCUUCGAUUAUGGUAGUGAAGACGAAGGUCGUGGCGAGAGUGCUCGUCCUAAUUCAUUCCAGUACCUCAAGGAGUUGUCGACGGAGGAAAGACGGCUGAGUUUCGCAGACCGACUGCGGGAGGCUUUGAGAAGGGAAGCUGAACAUUCUACCACCACCAGCACUGGGGACUGGUCCACUGACAGCUCUAGCUAUGCAGUCGGUAUCAGCAUAUCUGGGGCGGGGGUGCAGGAUAACGAUAUCAGGGUAAAACGAGGAGGUUCAGUAGGGUUCGUGUUGACGGAGAAGGAGACUGUGAGCAACGGCGACCCGUCGCCGAGACACCGCCCGCUCGGCAGGAAGGACACCGGCAACAGUUCCAAGUACAGCUUCAGCACCGAAUACACUUCGGAGUUAGAAGAGGUGUACGAGCAGUUCAACCAAUGGCUGAACGACCCCAUCGUCGACGCGGAGUCCGGGGAACACAAGAACAGGGAACUCGACUCGCGAGACUUGGCUGUGAUUAGGUUUGCGGGCUCCCUGUUGAAGCGUACUCUGUCGGAGUCGCUAGCGGUGGGCGGCGGCAGCGGCGCGGACGCGGCGGAGCUGUACGGGCGCGAGCCGCGCGCCCUCCCGCCGCGGCCGCUGGCGCUGGCGGCGCGCUCGCUGUCGCUGGAGCUAGCGCGGCACAAGCAUCGACUGGCUGCACAUCUCAAACGUAAAGUUAAAGAAUCUAUACCGGAGGAGAUAAUAGAGGGCACGCGAGCGACCGCGACCACAGAGUCCACAGACACGGGACGCGGCGACGAAGCCAAACGUACGGACACGACUGAGUCGGACACUGAGUCCAACCGCGGUCUCAGGAGGAAAAAGUUGAACUGGAUGAUAAACAUGAUCGUAGAGACGAUCGAGGAGACCGUCGAGUGCGAGCCGGUCACUGUAAAGCUAAAGAAACCGAAGCUGUCGCAGUUGGCGCAGAAGAUCGUGUCGGGCGGGUCGUGCCGGCCCGUGGCCACGGGCAACUGGGGCUGCGGCCGGCGCCUGCGCGGGCACCCGCAGCUCAAGCUGCUGCUGCAGUGGCUGGCCGCCAGCGUCGCCGGCGUGCCCGCGCUCAUCUACUACACCUUCGGCAACGAGAAACUCUUCAAGCUGGACACGCUCGUCAGGGUGCUAGUGGAUAGAAAAUGGACAGUGGGUCAGCUGGCGCGCGCAGUGCUAAAGUUCGCGAGACAGACUCUUAACGAACCGCACGUCAUACCGGACAACCACUCGCUGUUCGACGAACUGAUAGGCAUUGAGAAGAUACCCGACGACACAUAGCUAACACUCACCUAACGCAGGGCUCCACGACAAGACUUUCAAUACUACUGCGUCACAGCAAUUUGUUAGCAAAUGGAGUGAUAGUGCGCGGGCCACGACUAGUCACCAACCGGGAACAAACCGUCUGACGCUCCACCAGUGAUCGUUCAGGAUCAGGCGUUCUGCAGGCCGCGCAAAUUAAAAUUAAUUUAACCACGCGGAGUAAUAUAUAGUAGCACUCUCUUUGCUUAUUACUCCGUGCCACACUAAGUUAGCUUCGUUCAGUCACUCUGCUAUAACUCAUUAAUGCAUUUAUGUUAUUCCGUCAUCAUACUCAAUAGUAAGGUGGUUCAACUGUGUCUUAUUUUAAAUAAUGUUUGUGGACUUUUAGAUAUUUUUUACGAAAUAGUUACAUAAAAGCAAUAUUAGCAUUUGAUUCGAUUUAAAAAUACAAAACUUUAAUAAAGUAUUUUUAUACAAAACUAUCGAUUAAAGUACAAUUAUAAAAUUUACCUUAAUGUAAGUUUUAUCAAGUCAUUGUUAAUAAACUUGAAUAAAAAACUAAUGUAAAGUGAUUUUUAAUUACAAAUUUUAAUAAAUUUACAUAAAUUAUAGGGCAGUGCUAAUAUUAAGACUGUGUACUGUUUAUAAAAGUUUCCAAAGUUUACCGACUCCAUUUUUUUAUAAUCACAAUACGUAAUCGAUCAUCGUAAUGAAGUUUUCAACCAUUUAAUUGUAAAUACUGAAUGAGUUAUUUGAAACCAUUUCAUACAUGUAGCUUGACAAUAUUAUUAUCCUGUUAAAUUAUAAUAAAAUAUAUUUACGUCACCUCCGGUCUCCAUAAUUCGGUGUCUUACAGAGACUUAUCUGACAAAGUCUUCCAUACCAUGAAUCUCAAUGUGUCCAAAGUUGUUAAUUUUGAAGUGAAACUAUAAAAUUUCGAACGGGAUGCGUAAAUAAAAAUAAUGCGUCACAUAA